UGCAGAAGUUUAAUUGCAUUAAUGUGGUGCAGAUGUGCCAUUUUUUCUUGUCAGUAUUGAUUCAAAGUUGGAGGCUACCAUUAGGCCUCUAAAUGACUGGGAAGAUUGCGAAGGUAAUGGUCAGAAGUUGCUCUUUGGUUUUUUUGACCCAUGUCACCUCCCCAAUAAUCCUGGUUGGCCCCUCCGCAACUACCUAGCACUUAUUUGUUCAAGAUGGAAUCUGAAGGCAGUGCGCUUUUUAUGCUAUAGAGAGACUCGUGGUUUUGCUGAUAUGGGGCUUUCCCUGGUCGGUGAGGCCUUGAUUACAGUUCCACAAGGUAGAGCGGCAGAGACUGGCAUGGAGCAAUCAUCGGGAUGUACCCAGUGCUGUGGGAUGGGAACUUAACAAAGGGAGGAAGGUAUCCAGGUGUAUUAGUCUUGCUAAAUCCAUGGAUCCAACUAGGUUGGCCAUCUCUGCUGCAGAUUUGAAUCUAAAACUAAUGAGGUGGCGUGCGCUGCCGUCUCUAAACCUAAACAUUUUAGCAUCUAUCAAGUGUCUUCUUCUUGGAGCAGGUACACUUGGAUGCCAGGUUGCUCGCACACUUAUGGGUUGGGGUGUACGCAAAAUUACCCUGGUUGACAGUGGUAGGGUGGCUAUGUCUAAUCCAUUGAGGCAGUCCCUCUACACAUUUGAUGACUGCCUCAAUGGCGGUGAUUUUAAAGCCAUAGCAGCAGUGAAAAGACUUAAUCAAAUAUUUCCAGCCAUGGAAGCUGAAGGUGUUGUGAUGGCUAUACCAAUGCCUGGGCAUCCAGUUUCUAGCCAAGAAGAGAGUAGCGUGCUUGAUGAUUGUAGGCGCCUGAGUGACUUGGUUGAUUUCCAUGAUGCAGUGUUUUUGUUGACUGAUACAAGAGAAAGUCGGUGGCUCCCCACCCUUCUUUGUGCCAAUACCAACAAGAUUACUAUAACUGCUGCUCUAGGGUUUGAUAGCUUCUUGGUCAUGCGCCAUGGACCCGGCCCUUUUAGCUCUAGUCAUGAUUCAAAAACAGAAACUGCAAAUUCCUUACUUCAGGAUAUGAGCAAACUUGCUCUUUCUGAAAUAGAUGGAGGGCGGAGGUUGGGUUGUUACUUCUGCAAUGAUGUCGUUGCCCCAACCGAUUCAACUGCAAAUCGCACUUUGGACCAGCAAUGUACUGUUACACGGCCAGGUCUUGCUCCAAUCUCUGGAGCUCUUGCAGUUGAACUUUUAGUGGGGAUCCUGCAACAUCCUCAUGGGAUAUUUGCAGGGGGUGAGAUUUCAAACUCCAAUAGCUCUAGAAACAGUGAACUCCCACUUGGUAUCUUACCACAUCAAAUUCGGGGUUCCCUUUCUCAAUUCUCUCAGAUGACACUUGUGGGCCACUCAUCAAACAGUUGCACAGCUUGUUGUAGUACUGUGGUAUCAGAGUACCGGAGAAGAGGAAUGGAAUUCGUACUUGAAGCAAUCAACCAUCCUACCUAUUUAGAGGAUCUAACCGGAUUAACGGAGCUGAUGAAGUCUGCCAAUUCUUUUAAUCUAGACUGGGAAGAUGAAAUAGACGACGAAGAUGGUAAUUGUGUUGAAAUCUGAACAUUAUCUAACCUUUAAUUUGCUAGUUUCAGCGUAUCUGUUAAUUAUACAAAUAGGUUGACAAAAAAUGUAAACUUCAGAAACGUUCUUUUCUAAAUUAAUUGGUUUUUGAGUUGGUUGAAAAAACCUUGUGAGAUGCUGAAACUGAUGGAUGCUAUCUUGGCUCAAGCUUUCUCGGAAUGUGAAAAUCAGAUACCAAAUGGUAUAGCAAAUUGCAUCUGGUCAUGUAA